AUGUCUUUAAAGGCGGUGCAAAUCUGGGAAGUCAUUGGUGGCGCAAUUUCUGGUGGUCUGCUGGUGCGCACGGGCAGAGGACUAGGUUCUGGCCGCGAGCCACAGCGCUUGCGGACAGGCUCCGUCGUUGAAGAAUUGGAGCUCGAUGGCGACAGACUCCACUACAAGCUGCUGGAAGGCGCUGGGCCAGUUCACGGUUGGGUCAGCACGAAACUCAAUGACCGAGACCUGCUCCAGCGGUGCAAGUCCACGGCCUGUGGGAGAACAGCGGGAAACUCUAAGGAGAAGUUGCAGAACGCAGCCACGUUGCAGGUUGCACAAAUGGAUGUGCUUGCAAUCGCACUGAAUGUCGCUUCGCUGGUGCAAACGGGGCCGCACUUCAAAGUCACGAAGGUGUGCAGCGAGAGAUUGCUGGAAAUCGCCCCCAGCGACAAGAGCGUAAGCUUCGAUGAUUUCUGGCCAUCUGACUGCUCUUUGACGGCGGACCGUCGUCACUACUUGUACUGGGCCAUUGUGUGCAGUUCAUCUUGCGACACUUGGACACUCGCCUUGGCGUUGACGCUCAAGGAGCUCUCGGACUAUGGUGUGAUCAUUACACACGACUCCCGACCGGUCGUCAACUUCGUUGUGCUGAACACUCCUAGCAUGGACGUGGGCGACCUUCUUCCUGAUUCCGUGGACUUGCUUGAGCCCAUCUCGGGAGCUCGCGUCUCCAUGUUCAGCACUCCUGCGUCUCAGCUGGCUCUGAAGACCCUUGGGCCUGAAGUCCAAGAACGACUUGGCUGGGGCGUCUCAUCGAUGUUUGAUGAUGACUUGCGAAGUACGUUUGCCGAAAGAUUCGGAGAGAGGAGCCUAUCGCAAACUGUACCUCACUGGUGGAUCGCUGCCAUUGUUCAAGGAGACCAUGGUCUUUACAUG